UUUGCAGGCGGAACUUUUUUUUUUUACUCUUUAGUUAUUUAUGGUGAAACAGACGUUUCUAAACGGAUUAUUUCAAAAUUAUCGAAAAUGGAAAGAUCCAGAAUGAACCGAGCAUCCAGCAGUAGGCUCUCUGAGCUCCCUCAAAGAGUUGAAAGCAACAGAAUGAGCAUGGUUUAUGCAACACCGCAGAGCAAACAAUCCUUCGGAAAGUUGAACAUUCCUAAACCCCAGUCUGUCACAUCCGAGAGAAGAACCAGCUUUUUUGGUAGUCGUGGGGCUGGCAUGGCUCGCAACAGCACCUUUGGCGGUACAGAGAAGAUGAAGGAUCCCCGUCCCUUACACGAUAAGGCCUAUGUUCAGCAGUGCAUCAGACAGUUGUGCGAGUUUCUGUCAGAGAAGGGCUUUCCGGGUUCAAUGUCAGUCAAGUCUCUCCAGUCGCCCUCCACCAAGGAGUUCCUAAAGAUCUUUGAGUUCAUCUACUGCCUCCUGGACCCCACCUUCCAGAUGCCCACCUCCAAAGUGGAGGAAGAGGUCCCCAGGAUUCUCAAAGACUUGGGGUAUCCAUUUGUUCUCUCCAAAAGUUCCAUGUACUCUGUGGGGGCACCACAUACGUGGCCACAGGUCUUGGGGGCUGUUGUCUGGCUCAUGGAUACUGUGAAGAUCUUUUGCAGUAUGAGUGAUCAGGACCUGCUCUUUGCUGAUUUCUCUGACGGAAGCACUGAGAUUGAGGACGGGGUUGAGUUCAACAAGCUCUUUCAGGACUACACUGCUGAAACCUACAACAAGUUCAUGCAAGGAGCAGAUACGUUUGAUGAAGAGGAUGCAGAUUAUCUUGCUGAACUAAAGAGACUUUACAACGUUGACGAAGGGCUUCUCGCAUCCAUGGAGGAGAAGUACAGGAUGCUGAGUGAUGAGGUUGAGCGACUGGAGAAAGAAAGCCAAACGGACCGAUUGAUGGUCAAAAGAACGGAGAAAGUCAAACUUCAGACAGACCUGCAGAAGCUGCAGAGUUAUCGCAGUAACCUGGAGUCUUUCAAAGCCAACCUGGAGAACAAAGCCUCUGGAUUGGCCGAGGAGCUGGAAGCAUCGGGACUGCAAGUGGAGACCCUAAAACAGGAGGAGUCCCGGCUCCAACACAUCUUGUCCACCCAGAAGUUCACUCCCGCAGACAUUGAGAGGAUCAACUGGGAGAAGAGGGAGCUGCAGCAGACCAUCAACAGCCUGAGCAAGAGCCUGGAGCAGGCCGAGCAGCACAUGUGGAAUGAGGAGAUCGCUCUGGCCAAGGCCAAGGAGACGGCCGAAGUGAAGCUGGCCGAGUACCACAAGCUUGCCCGCAAACUGAAGCUCAUCCCUGUGUCUGCCGAAAACGCGUGCGGCCACGACUUUGAGAUCAGGCCCUCCACAGAAUACGGACCGUCCACCAUGGUUCAAUGCAGAACACAGAUUCAACAACUACUGAGGAAACUGAUCACUGAUGUGGACGAGGAGUGUAGUCGACUGACAGACAUGAAACUAAGCCUGGAGGAGUCCAUAGAACAGGUGAAUUCUAAUAUUUCAGAUAAAGCGAAUGACUUGAAACACCUGAGAGAGCAAAUCCGUAGGCUCGACGAGCAGCUCGAACAAGACAUGCAGGACAUUGCCCAUGAGGAGCAGAAGUGGUCUGCUGAGAUGGAGUCUGUGGAGACCCACCGCAAGCUGCUGGAGAAGAAGGUGACCCUGGGCUAUGACGAGUCUGUGGAGCAGCUGAAAGCUGCACAGCAACAGUACCAUCUUGUCCUGCAAGAAACCAAUGAGGAGCGGCGGACUGUGGUUAACAACCUUGCCAGUGUGUUAACCACGGCUGCCAACCACCUGUCCAUUGUAGAGAAAUUCUUAGAGGAUCAACACAAGCGAGUAGACAGGGUGUACACGGACGCCUUCCGGGAGGACGAGGUGGACAUUCAGAAGAUGAAGGACAUUAUGGAGGGCUUUAUCGCUAAAGUAAACAGCAUGUAGUUCCGUGCUUCACUAUAAAAGCUGACAUGAGCUCUAACUCUUUACCUGGUUAUUCCAUUCAGUCCAUUGGAACCAUCCCAGCGGGCAAAACAUGGUUUAGUGACGUUGUGACAACAGAAAGUAGUUGAAAUGACAUCAUUAACAACCAGUUUUGCCUGUUGGGAUGAGUGCAGCUUUUCUUCUCUUCUAAGUGACGUCUUUACUGACCACAGUGAGCAUCACAUCAGUUCCAAAGGGCCGCGCCAUCUUCUGCAGUUUCCCUGGUCACUGCUCUAAAGCAUUGGGAACUUAUGAGACCAGAUGGGCAGACUGUAUUGGGUGCUGGUAGAAAACAUGUUUAAAUAGGAGUUUUACUUUGUUCAAGUACCCCUGGGUUAGAUAAUGGGUGUACUGUUAAACCCUUUUUUGUAAACUAUUUUAUUGUUGUCUUGUGGUGUUUCUAAUCUGUUGAGCCCCUAGAGGGCAGUGUAAGGCUAGAUUUACAGUACAGCAGUUUCUGGUUAGCUGAAUAUUUUUUAAAUUAAAAUGUAACCUUUUAUUUAACUUGGAAAGUCAGUUAAGAACACAUUUUUAUUUUACAAUGACAGCCUACUGGAGAAC